CCUAGAGAGCCUCCGAAGUGCAUGCGACUCGGUUCUUGGGUGCGCGCUUCUUUUGGUUCCUUCUCUUCGGUUUUUUCUGUCUCCUGAAAGAUAAAGGCAGGUGGCAAGAACAGCUCCCCCCAAGACCCCACUGAUAGCUGUUAGCCUAUUCCUGAGCCAGGAGACUUUGUGGGAACAAGACGCUUUUGUCCCAACCCCAACCUUGUUCUUGUCCACCAGCUGAGGAGGGUAGUUCUACUUGUCUGGCUCUUGAGAGUUUAGAGUUUCUUAACUUGGAAGAGAAAUGGAUGAUGAACCAGAGAGAACCAAACGGUGGGAAGGGGGUUAUGAAAGAACUUGGGAAGUUCUUAAAGAAGAUGAAUCUGGAUCAUUGAAAGCCAGCAUAGAGGAUAUUCUUUUUAAGGCCAAAAGAAAAAGAAUCUUUGAGCAUCAUGGACAAGUUCGACUUGGGAUGAUGCGUCACCUGUAUGUAGUGGUUGAUGGAUCAAGAACAAUGGAAGACCAAGAUUUAAAACCUACCAGGCUAACUUGUACCCUAAAGUUACUGGAAUAUUUUGUUGAAGAAUAUUUUGACCAAAAUCCGAUUAGUCAGGUUGGCAUUAUUGUGACUAAGGGCAAAAGAGCUGAAAAACUUACUGAGCUUUCAGGGAAUCCGAGAAAACACACAGCUGCUUUGAAAAAAGCUGUAGAUAUGUCUUGUCUAGGAGAGCCAUCUUUAUAUAAUGCCUUAAAUUUGGCUGCACAGACAUUAAAGCAUAUGCCAGGGCAUACAAGCAGAGAAGUCUUAGUAAUAUUCAGCAGUCUGACAACAUGUGAUCCUUCCAAUAUUUAUGAUCUAAUUAAGAGUUUAAAGGCAGUUAAGAUCAGAGUGUCUAUUAUUGGCCUUUCUGCUGAAGUUCGAGUUUGUACUGUACUUGCCCGGGAAACUGGUGGAACCUAUCAUGUCAUUUUAGAUGAAAGCCAUUAUAGGGAACUUCUGAUGCACCAUGUCAGUCCACCACCAGCUAGUUCAAGUUCUGAAAGUUCGCUUAUUCGAAUGGGCUUUCCUCAGCACACCAUUGCAUCUUUGACUGAUCAGGACGCAAAGCCAUCUUUUAGCAUGGCGCAGCUAGAAAACAGCAAUGAUCCAGGUCUUACCCUGGGAGGAUAUUUCUGCCCCCAAUGCAGAGCCAAAUACUGUGAGCUUCCUGUGGAGUGCAAAGUUUGUGGUCUUACACUAGUAUCUGCACCCCAUCUGGCUCGAUCUUACCAUCACCUAUUUCCUUUGGAUGCCUUUCAGGAAGUCCCACUGGAACAGUAUGUAGGAGAACGCUAUUGCCAAGGAUGCCAUGGAGAAAUUACAGAUCAGCAUGUCUAUAUAUGUAAAGUCUGCCAGAGUGCGUUUUGUGUAGAAUGUGAUCUUUUUGCUCAUGAUACUCUGCACUGCUGUCCGGGUUGCAUUCACAAGCAUCCUGCCCCUCCCUGUGUGUGAUGCUACCUAAUGAUCAACAAUGUUGGUUGCUUUUCUGUGAGUAAAAAAUUCAACUUGACUGUUCAGUGAAGGUCUUCAGCAAAAUAGCUUAAGAUGAGGAAGAGCACUUUGCUGAAUGCUUAUGUAAAUAUUACUAUUUUCACACCCAGUUUGAAUAUACAUAUGUGUACAGCUAUUUGUAUGUGGAACUAGUUAUUGAAACUUUUUCUUCUUCUGAAAUAAUCUGAAUAGUGUGCAAGUUUGUACCUCUGAAACUUGAAAUGGAUAUGUGUCCUAAGUUAGUGGCUCUUGCUUUCAUUUUAAAUAAUAAUCUGCACAAUAGGCUACAAGCCACAAAGCACAGUCAUGAAGAAGCAAGUUUAAUAUGUCAUUAGGACUUAAAAUCUAGGAUGCAAAAUCCCUGGUGCGAUGGUCACUCUAGACCAUCUCAUGAUAAGAGCUGCUUCUCUGUGUUGGCAAAGGUUGAGAGUGAUGUCAGGCAAUCUCCGUUUCAAUAAACAGUGUUAGUGUG